CCCCGCCGCGGCCGGCCGAGGAGCAGCGGCCGCUGCCGGCGCCGUUCCCCAUCCCGCCCCCUUCCCCUGCGCUCCCUCCCCCGCGUCGCGGCCAGGCCCGGCCCGGCCCGGGGCGGCAGGAAGCGGCUCCCAUGUCCGCGGUGGCGGCGGCGCGGCGGCUCUGAGCGCCCCCCCCCCCCCUUCUCUCCCCGUAUCGCCGCCACCACCCCGGGGGCGCCCCCUUCCCUCCGCCGCGGACGCGCGGCCGUAGGCGGCUGCCGGGCUCCGGGGAGGCCGCGGCCUAAGGGGGGGGGUGCGGGAGGGCGCGGGAUGCGCCGCGGCGCCGCCGCCGCCGGGGCCUGCGGGGCCUCCGCCCGCCGCCACUGAGGCCCGCGGCCGCCGCGGAUGCGGCCUCGUCCCGGCCAGGCCCUCGGCGCCCGGCGCCCCCGCGGAGGGCAGGAGCCGGCGGCGGCGAGGAGCCCCGCGUAGCCCCGGGCCCUGCUCCCCCCCCUCGGCCUGCCCCGGGCUCUCGUCCCCCCAGGUGCCAGAGGAGGGAUGUCCGCUGCCGCCUCGUCCGCUGAGAUGAUUGAAACCCCCCCGGUGCUCAACUUCGAGGAGAUCGACUACAAGGAGAUCGAGGUGGAAGAGGUUGUUGGAAGAGGAGCCUUUGGUGUGGUCUGCAAGGCAAAAUGGCGAGCUAAAGAUGUAGCCAUUAAACAAAUAGAAAGUGAAUCUGAAAGAAAGGCCUUCAUUGUGGAGGUACAGUAAUCACGAGUAAACCAUCCCAAUAUUGUCAAGUUAUAUGGAGCCUGUCUAAACCCAGUGUGUCUUGUUAUGGAGUAUGCUGAAGGAGGUUCUCUGUACAAUGUGCUACAUGGUGCUGAGCCUCUGCCUCAUUAUACUGCUGCACAUGCAAUGAGUUGGUGUUUACAGUGUUCCCAGGGAGUGGCGUAUCUCCACAGUAUGAAACCAAAGGCUCUAAUUCAUAGAGACCUGAAACCACCAAAUUUGCUCUUGGUAGCUGGGGGGACAGUUCUAAAAAUCUGUGAUUUUGGUACAGCCUGUGAUAUUCAAACACACAUGACCAACAAAGGAAGUGCUGCAUGGAUGGCACCUGAAGUUUUUGAAGGUAGCAAUUACAGUGAAAAAUGUGACGUUUUCAGUUGGGGUAUUAUUCUCUGGGAGGUAAUCACCCGUAGGAAACCUUUUGAUGAGAUUGGUGGUCCAGCUUUCCGCAUAAUGUGGGCAGUUCACAAUGGUACUCGGCCACCACUGAUCAAAAACUUACCUAAACCAAUUGAGAGUUUAAUGACCCGUUGUUGGUCCAAGGAUCCCUCACAACGACCUUCCAUGGAGGAAAUUGUUAAAAUAAUGACACACUUGAUGCGGUACUUUCCAGGAGCUGAUGAACCUCUGCAGUAUCCUUGCCAGUAUUCAGAUGAAGGCCAAAGCAACUCUGCCACUAGUACAGGUUCAUUCAUGGACAUCACUUCUACAAACACAAGUAACAAGAGUGAUGCUAACAUGGAACCAGGUGACUUCCAAGGAGCUUCUACCAAUGACACUAUUAAACGUUUGGAAUCAAAAUUGGCACAGCAAAUGAAAAAUACAGCCAAGCAGCCGGGUGAACCUGGCCGUUUGAGUUUACCCCCAUCUCGUGGGAGCAGUGUGGAGAGCUUGUCAGAUGUUCGUGGGCGACCACAGUCAGCCCUUGUUUCAGGAGAAGCAAAAAGGAUGAGUGCUGACAUGUCUGAAAUAGAAGCAAGAAUACCUUCUACCACAGCCUAUUCCAAGCCUAAACGAGGCCAUCGUAAAACUGCUUCAUUUGGCAACAUUCUGGAUGUCCCUGAGAUCAUCAUACCAGGAAACGGACAGCAGAGGCGCAGAUCCAUUCAAGAUCUUACUGUUGCUGGAACAGAGUCCAGUCAGGAGAGUAGAAACAGCAGUAGAUCAUCUAGUCCUAGUGUGAGAAUGAUCACUACCUCGGGACCAACCUCUGAAAAGCCAACUCGUAAUCCAUGGACACCUGAUGAUGCAGAGACCAAUGGGUCAGAUAACUCCAUCCCAAUGGCAUAUCUUACAUUAGAUCAUCAGUUACAGCCUCUAGCACCAUGUCCAAACUCCAAAGAAUCUAUGGCUGUGUUUGAACAGCACUGCAAAAUGGCACAAGAGUACAUGAAAGUUCAGACAGAGAUUGCAUUGCUGUUGCAGAGGAAACAAGAACUAAUAGCAGAACUGGACCAGGAUGAAAAAGACCAGCAAAACACAUCUCGUCUGGUACAAGAACAUAAAAAGCUCUUAGAUGAAAAUAAGAGUCUCUCAACUUACUAUCAGCAAUGCAAAAAACAAUUAGAGGUCAUCAGAAAUCAGCAACAGAAACGGCCAGGCACAUCAUGAUUUCCUGGGACCUUUCAAAUGAAAAAUAUGCACAGAAAAGACUGAUUUUUGUAUUGUUAUUAUUAUCCCUUAUUAUGACAACUCAUGAGUGUAAGCUUCUUGGUGUGGUCUGUAUUUGUCUGCUACACUUAACAUCAUUUAAUUUUUUCAUUUUCCUAUGGUGGACAUCCAGUUCAACAGGUUAACCUGAUAAGGUGAGAAAACAGUGACUUGAAUUAACCAACAGCCCUCAGUGUAAAGCAAGAACCGUGGCUGUAUGCAUGCUCCUUGUGUGAAGGCUAGCCUAACAAGUGUUAGAGGCUGCAAAAUUGUAAGAUCUUGGUUUUAGUUUUUGGUAUUACCUCGAUAAGAGCAAAACAAAAACUUUCCUGUUUAAGAAUGGUUUUGUUCCAGUGUCUCAUCUCAAAUUUAUAAUGAUGAUUAUUUUCAGGACAUAAACAUGCACCAAGCUGCAGAGGUGAUGUUGGCUGACCAGAGUAAUUCAUGAUGCAUUAGUGAUGCCUUUUACCUGUAGAAGUAGUAUAUUUUUUCCACAUGCAAAAUAAUAGUCAAACUGAUGCCAGCAUCCUUGGUUCAGUGCUUGAUAGCCCUGCAUUUUGACUAAUAUAUUUGUUGUAACCUUGCAUUCAUAAAAUAUUUGAAGUAAAAGGCUGUAUUUUCUUUACUUUCUUGGGGGGAAUGUCAUGCAGUUCCAUCUAGUUAUAACUGGGCAGAAGUUAUGAACGUGAUUCACUGCGCAAAAUUUAUCCCCUGUAUAAAAGAGGGAAACAAAAAUGUGAUAAAGUGUCUUAAACCUUCAAAGCUUUUGUCACUGAAGCAUUCUUAAAAGGAAACUCAGAAAGCAAAUUAAAACAAGAUUGUAAGUAUUCCCUUCAUACCACUUACGGGAAUAUUUUUUUCUUUACAACUUAAUUCCUCAAAAGUAUUUGCCAUAAAUACAAGUAACUUUGUUUUGGAUAGGAAGAAAGAGACUCGGGGAAAUUAAUUUUAAAUAUCAAAUGAUGCAAUGGAGUUAAGUAUGGAAAUGGCAGAAGCUAUUAAGAAAAUGAGGGAAAUGGCUUCAAUCUUCAUCAGGAAUCUCAGUUACUCCACUCAUCUGAACAUACUUCCUUUGAAGUCCAUCUCAGAAUGCCUGCUGCCUUUGUGACUGAAGAAUUGCAUUUAAUGAAUUCAAGCAGAAUAUGUAAUUAUCAGUCUCAUUAUUUACCAUUUCUACAUGGGAGAAAACAACUACUCGUUUACGUUGCAGAUUGAUUAUUUGGUUUAUGAGUUAACUCCUAACUGGUAAAGAAAUGAGGCAUUUCUAAAUAGUAAUAAGAAAUUAUUCCUUACAUAAGCUCCUGGUGUACUCAGUUAUGGGCAGGGUUUUAACAUUCUUUUGCAAAGGAAAAAUAGAAAAUUGAAAUAUAGCUGCUGAGCCCUCAAAGUAGGAGAGGUAACCCGAUCCUUUGAUUUCUGCGUACUUGAAAUGAAUAAUUAUUUGUAGGAGCCCAUUAGCAGAACUUGGAGAAAACAUUCAUGGUAAAAAUAUCACAGUAUUUUUCUCUUCCCCUUAUAAUAAACAUCUUGUGAACGUAUCUGUGAACAACGAAAGUGGCUGACAGUUUACUGAAUGGUGUCAUUCUGUCUUGAAAAUAAAUCUACUGUUGGCAAACUUCUGGGAGUAAGAAGUGCUUCCCUCUUUUACUUAAAUAAAGGAAGGGUUAUCAUUCCCCAAACCUUAGCAGAUAAUUUGAUUAGUUAGCUGAAACUGAUAUUGGGAUCAACUUAAGGGCACACAUAUUUAUAGCAAAAUGUAAUUGGUGGAGAAAAUAACUGUAGUAUUAGGAAUAGCACAAGUUAUCCAAAGCAUUGCUGUUCGCAUACAUCUGUCCAUCUACCAAAAUGGACACACUCCGUGUUCAGCAGCUUGCUUAACAUAUGCUUAAGCAUCCAGUAGGGCAGCAUAAAUGCCAACGCUCGACUUGAGAUGCUUGGUUGAUAAUUACAUACACAAAAUCAUUUCCCAGGACAGUUUUUAUGCUUUGCCUCAUCAUAAAACAGAUUUGUUUAAAAUAAAUCAGCAUUGCAUAUGAAAAGUCACUUUAUGGCAAAGUCUGAAUAAUGGAAGUGAACGCAGUGCUAGCUUUAUGGUACCUAAUACAAGCGUCACUUCUAACAGUUGUUUAUGAGUUUUCAGAGUUUAGAUUAAAAAGGGUCUCAGAUUGUAAAAUAAGUGCUGUGCUACCGGCCCGCUGUUGAACUUGGCUCUGUUCACUAUUUAGGUUAUAUUGCUGUUCUUGCUAUUUACAAAGGGAAUUUGGAGUUUGACCUUUGGCUUUCAAGUUGUCUCUUUCUUAAUUGCACCUUUUUUUUUUUUUUUUAAUUAUUUGCCUAUAAUUUUCAGUGAGGUGUUCUGUGUGGCAAAACUUGUGUAUCAAAAAAGUGUAGAACAUAGCAGUUUGGGCAACUAAGAGUUUAACAGCUUAAUUUUCUAGUGACUUUUAUUAUUUUCUUAAGGCUCUUGUUUGAAAGUUGUUUACAAAUGUACUUUUAUUUUUCUGUUAAGCUAUCUGGAGUGUUCAGGAAGUUUUUCAUGUACUCUUUUGUCCAGUUAAAGCCGUUCCUCUAGUAAUGGAGGUGAAACAUCUAAUUUUUGUCUGGGCAGUGCCUUCUCAGAAAAAGUAACAGGCUCUGCUUUUUGUUAAAGUAUGUGUUCUGUAAGAUAUUGUAUAAUUGAAAGUAUGCUUCUGUACACUGUGCAGUUCUACCAAAAAUGCUUUUUUAGGCUUAUUUGUGUUUUUUUUCUGAUGAGAAGUUGAAGAUUGUAAUUCAAAACUUGUAUAUAAAAUGGUGAAUGAUUUCAUAUGA